AUGUCUGACCUUGAUGAAAGAGUCUUUUUCUUCCAAGCAAUGGAUUUUCUCGACACUUUGCUUUUACUGGCUUUUCUCUGCUUUCCUCAAAACGCAAUUGGCUAUAUACGUGAUAAUUCGAAAAAUUCACUCGGUAUCACUACGAGGACUUACGACAACAACACCUUGGCCAAUUUGCUUGAAAGAACUACAAAUACACACUAUGAUGGAUUCCCAAAUUUCAGAAACAGCUACAUUGCCGAGUUUCCGGCAAACAGCUGCGUUGAUCGAAUAGCAGAAGUGGUUUCAGAUUGCAGCGAUUGGCACGGGCCUCAACAUACGUAUGAUAGGAAGAAACACGACAUCAUUCUCGUUGGACUUGAUGAUGUUGCCCCUGAUGGCUGGACACUGACUGUUCAGAUUGGUUCAUGGAUAUGGCACAUUAACAGGGGAGAUCUAUCGGCGACUGGUUGGGACACAAAACUGUUCGACUUUUUCUUCAUCGUGCCAAAAUCGGAAAUGUCCUCUGUUGUUGUAUCGGCUACAAAAUCACCAGAUCCAGGGGUAUGGUGGUAUCCUUGUUUGAGGACAGUCGGCAUCCUUGACUACAUCGACGUGCCAAACGAUCAGGCAAAGUUUCUAGCAUUCAAAACCUCAAGACAAACAUUUCGGGACACGUUGAAUUCAUGGCAGAACGCAGGCACAAACCCUGUUUACAUGGACGAAACAUUCGGAAUAAGACACUUCAACCUGCUAGCCAUGUCAUAUUGCGUGGGCCUGCAAGAUGCCGAGGCAUUCACCGACUGCUAUCUGGACGUCGCGGGCACAUCGAUUACUGACAGAGGUCCUCUUCAGGAGCAAAGCAAACACAAUGGAGCAUUUUAUCCGCAUCGCCCUGGGAGGCCGACCUAUAUUGGGGAUCUUGGAUUGUGGAAUUUCCGCGACGGUAGCCAUUCAGGAUCCAGGUGGUGCCUAACAUGUUCCAAACUGGAUGAAGAGACGCGCUUCAGCUUUAUCAAGCUGCUGCAAAUCGUUGCGCAAGCAGUGGGCAUCAUUGGCACAGCCCUCACAGGGGAUAUUCCGGCAGUGAUACUUGCGACUGCAGGGACAAUCACAGAUUCGUUGCUCUUAGCGGGAGUUAUAGGGCGGAGUGACCAGGAAAUAGUCGAAGCGGUAAAGGACAUUGGCGGUGCUUCGAUCAAAACUUUGACAAGCGAUCAAGCAAGAUUGCUCGGCCAAAAGUGGGUUGAUGAACUGAGAAACCAAGGAAAACCAAUACAUUUCAAGACUGCUCAACAAAUACUGAACUUGAAUAGAAAACAUAUUUAA